AUGCCGACAGGAGGACCAACCAGAACGGGUCAGUGGACUGAGGACAACAACUGGCAGUUUGAGCUCCGCUUUUGUGCCUGCGCGCAGCGGCAAUGCCGCGAGAGCAAGAGAGGCCGGGCCCGCGACUUCCGCACGGACAAGUUCAGGACCGUCGCCCUGGGAGACCUUGCUGAUAAGAAAAACGAGUGGGUAGCAAGGAGCCCUCGCAAUAAGUACGUGGAGAUGGCCCGACUCUCCGGCGACUGCCGCUUCGAUCUUGGGGAUGCUGUUUUGGCCAACCUGUCUGCGGUAGAGAAAGAGUUGGGAGAAAGGCCUACGCGCCGGAAGGGAAAGACCGCGCCCACCUGGCCCAAAAA